AUGGUCGUAUUCUCUUUUAUUCCGUCUCUCUCCUGUCUUUAUCUAUCUAUCUAUCUAUCUAUCUAUCUAUCUAUCUAUCUAUGUUACGCCUCUGGAUAUAUAAUUCCUUUCAUAUCUAUCCAAGACCCUCUAUAUCUAUGUAAGCCUCUCCAUAUCUAUCUAUAUAAGAUUCUUCGUAUCUCUCUAUCCGCACCAUAUCUAUCUAUCUAUCUAUCUAUCUAUCUAUCUAUCUAUCUAUCUAUCUAUCUAUCUAUCUAUCCUAUCGAUAUCUAUCUAACCCACUCCCUAUCUAUCUAUCUAUCUAUCUAUCUAUCUAUCUAUCUAUCUAUCUAUCUAUCUAAUAUUUCCAUAUCUAUCUAUCUAUCUAUCUAUCUAUCUAUCUAUCUGUCUGUCUGUCUGUCUACAUUGGAUAACUACCUAUCUAUGUCUCACCAUAUCUAUCUAUCUAUCUAUCUAUCUAUCUAUCUAAGCCUACACAUAUCUACCUAUCUAUGUCUCACCAUAUCUAUCUAUCUAUCUAUCUAUCUAUCUAUCUAUCUAUCUAUCUAUCUAUCUAAGCCUUCACAUAUCUAUGUCUCAAUACAUCUAUCUAUCUAUCUAUCUAUCUAUCUAUCUAUCCAUCUAAACCUACACAUAUCUAUCCUACACAUAUCUAUGUCUCACCAUAUCUAUCUAUCUAUCUAUCUAUCUAUCUAUCUAUCUAUCUAUCUAUCUAUCUAUCUAAACCUACACAUAUCAAUAUCUCAACAUAUCUAUCUAUCUAUCUAUCUAUUUAAGCCUACACAUAUCUAUGUCUCACCAUAUCUAUCUAUCUAUCUAUCUAUCUAUCUAUCUAUCUAUCUAUCUGAGCCUACACAUAUCUAUGUCUCACCAUAUCUAUCUAUCUAUCUAUCUAUCUAUCUAUCUAUCUAA